AUGGAGGACAAGAGCAUCAAUUUUCUGGCUGUGAUGCGACCCUCAAAGGUUUUGGGUCGUGAGGGAAUAGGCUCAGAAAUGACGGCGCUUACGGGUUGGCUUCACGCCGAGCAGAGGCGUCUGAAGAGACAGUACCACAUUGCAUACACACUUGCAACUGAUGGCGAUGUCUUCAGGGUCUUCCGCAUGAACAAAGUGGGCCAGAAUGCAAUUCUUGGGGAAAUUAGGUCUGUGUCUGAGGAGAUGCUCAAGGAGUUGCGCCACAAGCAGUUGGAGAAGUUCUUCAAAUAG